AUGCCGUCUUCCCUCCCAUCGCAAGACACACAAUGGCCUACAGCUCGAGGUGAGGAGGUCGAGCUCUCGGAUUUCCCCACGGUAGCCACCGACCCCUCGAACACGCUCUCCGAAGCGGAGGUGAGAUGCGCGCUGGCGAGCCUGCAGGAAAAAGACAGAAACAGAGUGCUGGAGGACGCGCGAGACAGAAGCAACUCGGCAGCUGCGUACAGAAUCACGAAGGCGGCCGCGUGUGUCGCACUUGUGGGUGUGGCGGGUAUCGUGGCGAGUCUGGGCGCGGGCUGGGGGCUCGCGGUGAGGCGAGGAAGCAUCAAUGCCCGCAAUGCGUUCUUGAAGGGACAGGCUGGGCGGUCGACGGUCACUGUCACCAAUACGGCGACGGCGACAGAGACGGUCUGCCCAACGGUCGCGACUCUGGAGCUCUUCCCUCGAGAGACGGGACAAACAGACCAGGGAGUGGACAUCCUCAGGAACGAGGCCGGAGGCGAGUCCCGCUGCUCCGUCGACGUCGAGGGCAGAUCCACUCAGACGCCCGACGCCUCUCAGAAGCCUCCGCUCGUCCCCUUGUCGACAACUCUCGCGACGAUCUACGUCGGGCAGACCGGUACGCCGACCAUGGCUUACUACGAUGCGGGGUUGGAGGACGGCGAAGUGCGCGGAAGGAAUGGUGCGUCCUCGGUGACGGUGACGAACACGGUGAUGGGGACGGCGACGGUGACUGGGACGGUCUGUCCUGCCACUGGGACACCGACUCUGCGGCUCCUCGCUCGAGAGACCGAUACCCGAUGGGGUGACGAAGAGGUACCCCGACAUGGUCAGAUCGCCAUCACUGCCGCAGACGGAAAUACCACCGUGUACGAGCUCGUCAGCCACACUGGCGAGGCUACCAGCUUGACGACGCCCACAUCCGUUCCGUCGUCGACGGUCGUGACCCUCGUCGUCGAGCCGACCCCCACCGAACCCCCACCGAUGCGGGCACCCAUACGGGACCCUUCACCAUUCAGUUCCAGGUCGAGGACGGCGAUGCUGCCGAGGGUCCGAACCAGGAUGCCUGACGGACCGGCGAUUGUGUGA